AUGUGUCGUCUCCUGAACGUCCUGCUGGCUCUGCUGAGUCGCUUUCUGUUUGUGGUGCACGGGGUGGUGACAGUGUGGCGUGUGGUGGCUGUUAAAGGGGAGCCAUUCUACUGGCUGCUGCUGACAGGCGUGGCUCUGCUGGGUGUGGAAAUGGCUGUCACUCUGAAGUGCACGCAAAAUGCAGAGUGGAAAUGGUUCUCCCCCAUGGUUUUCCUGUACCUCAGUACUGUCAUUCCUUCCAUUUGGUUCCUGGAGCUGAGCCUGCUGCAGUCCAAGCUGCCUGUCAACAAUUCCUCAGGCCCUGAGCUUCACUUGCUGGCUCGCAUCCCGAUCACAGCGGGCAUCGUGGAGCUGGACCCGGAGAACUGGGUGGCUGGCCUGGAGCAGACCAUGCUCAUCGUGUUGGUUCUGGGUCGCUGGCUGAUGCCCAAGGGAGACAUGUCCCGUGACCAGCUCUCCCAGCUCCUCAUGGUCUAUGUGGGCCUGGGCGCCGACAUCCUGGAUAUCUUCGACACCUUCAAAGAACCCGAGGUCAAAACCAACCGAGCCGUUGUCAUCAUGGGACUGGGCCUCUUUUCUUGGGCGCUCAUGCAGUUUCCUCUGGUGCUCACCCAGACACAACUCCCAAAGGGGGAGUCUCCAAAGAGAUUCUGCGCUGGUGCUCCAUCGUGGUUUGCCUCCUGCUGCUCCAGUGAAGUGUGGAGUUUGCUUCUCACUGUUGGACUCCAAGAUGGCCCAUUUCUGAUUUACCGGCUUUACCUCAUGGUCCAAGAGCAGGUACUCAACCAACUGAUGAUCUUCUUUACCUGCAAGAACAUCCUCAUCGUCCUCUUAGAACUUUACAGAAUCUUUGUGGUGCAGUGCGAGCAGCUGGUUGGGGAAUCGGAGUUGGAAAGGUGUGCCGCUUUGGUGCGCCUUUGUCGAAUCCAGAAGGGUAAGGAGGAAGAAGCAGGUGGAGAGGAGCAGAGCUGUCAUACAGACACACAGAGAGGCAAAGAGAGGGAGGAAGAUCUGAGUUUUGUCCAGGAGGGACAAACAGCCGCUGCCGCCGCCGCCGCCGCCACCUCCACGACACACUCACCCCCUCGCCACGAUCCAGAGAAUACCUCUCCUGUCAAACAAGUUCUGGGAUGA